AUGGAUGCCUUAGCACUAGAGGCCACUGGUAGUAGAAGGGCUACUGUUGCGGCGGUGACUGCCCCGUUGCCAAGUCAAGCUCCGGCAAAACGCAAACCUGCUAAAAAAGCUAAAAAGGCUGUUGUCUUUUUUGAGGUGGAGAUACUGGAUGCCAAGACCAAGGACAAGCUCUGCUUCCUGGACAAGGUCGAGCCAAAUGCCACUAUCGGAGAGAUCAAGUCUAUGUUCCACAAGAGUCAUCCUCAGUGGUACCCAGCCAGACAGUCGAUCCGCCUCGACCCCAAGGGGAAAUCUCUGAAGGAUGAAGAUGUUCUGCAGCAUCUUCCUGUAGGAACCACAGCUACCUUCUACUUCAGAGACCUGGGAGCUCAGAUCAGCUGGGUCACGGUGUUUCUGACAGAAUACACGGGCCCUCUGGUCAUCUACCUGUUGUUCUACUUCAGGGUUCCCUUCAUCUACUCGCCCAAAUACGACUUCACCACCAGUAAACACUGGGUGGUUCAUCUCGCCUGUAUGUGUCACUCCUUCCACUAUGUUAAGAGACUCCUGGAGACGCUGUUCGUUCAUCGCUUCUCUCACGGGACGAUGCCGUUACGAAACAUCUUCAAGAACUGUACCUACUACUGGGGCUUUGCAGCAUGGAUGGCCUAUUACAUCAACCACCCGUUGUACACCCCGCCCAUCUACGGGGAGCAACAGAUCCGGCUGGCGCUCAUCUUAUUCUUGUUCUGUCAGAUUGGCAACUUCUCCAUCCACAUCGCUCUCCGGAACCUCCGUCCUCCUGGCUCCAAGACCAGGAAGAUUCCUUAUCCGACCAAGAACCCCUUCACCUGGAUCUUCCUUCUCGUCUCUUGCCCCAAUUACACCUAUGAGCUGGGCUCGUGGCUCGGCUUCACCCUGAUGACCCAGUGUCUGCCGGUGGCCUUCUUCACCUUGGUGGGUUUCAUCCAGAUGACCGUUUGGGCCAAAGGGAAGCACCGCAGCUACCUGAAGGAGUUCCGCGACUACCCUCCUCUCCGCUCGCCCAUCCUGCCGUUCGUUCUGUAAAGAGCUUCAUCAGCUGAAACGAACUGCGAGGCCGUUUCUUUAGCUACUUUAAAACCAACACUGGAAACUUGUUUAGACUAGACUCUUAGCUUGUCUGCCUUUGUUUUUUUUUAGCUUUUUGUUUUCCGUGUUGCAUUGAGUGAAAAUGUAAAACUAGAUCUGCUCUCAUUUUUUUUGUAUUGUGGACAAAUUAUUUUGGCUGUUUUGAAUAAUUUGAGUUUAAUCUGAAGCUGACCUGAUGUAAACUGAAUUAUAUUCUCCUCUUUUAUCUCUUCAUACGGUUUGCAGUAUUGAACCUGCACCUUGUAUUCAUGAAAUCCCAAACUCUAAACGCUCUUGAAUUUAAAAUCUAAAACUGACUACAUUUAAUUUUGUUGUCUGAGGUAAUUUGUAAAAAAAUAAUAAACCAAGCUGCUGCUUUUUCUUGUCUUUUAAAUUCCAGAUU